CCAGCCCACGUACGCUGGAGGCACAUCUACAGCUGUCACAAGCGACACCUCGCGGCCAAGGUCCGCAGAGACACCCGUCCAUUCGCCGAGUUCUGCUUCUUGUGCACCGACGGGAAGUGGUUCACCAGCCAAUCUAGCUGGGCGAGCCACUGCGAGAGUCACCUGACCAGCCUCGACGCUCUCCCCUUCCAAUGCGACCCCCUCAUCUACGCCAAGACUCUCGCCGCACCCGGGCUCUGUUUCUGGUGUCUCGGGGACACGAGCCUCGCCCCCGCCUCUCGACUGCAGCAGUUCCUCACCCGAGCCCAGUGGCAGACUCACGUCGAGAAACAC